AUGGAAGACUUCCUGAAGAGCCCAGACACGCUGGUCCUGAAAUCUAGACUACCCGACGAACUCUCGCAAUACUUCUCGCACUUCGUCAUCGAUCGGAAGAGGGGGCAGCUGAUUGUGGGGGCCAGGAAUCAGCUGAUAAGGGCAGACCUCCACGACAUGAGACCCAUCGAGUCAGUCACGUGGUCACCUGACGCGGGGAAUUACACCAUCUGUGUGGCUAAGGGCAAACCGGAAGCCGAAUGUCAAAAUUUCAUUAAGUUGCUUCUGAUGGACGGCGAUGAUGACGUCAUCUCGUGCGGCACCCACGCCUACCACCCCAUCUGUACCCGGCGGAAGGCGGGGAUCUCCCUGCAAUCGAACCUGGUCACUGCACGACAGCAGGCCAGUUCAAAUGCCCACAUGUGGCCCGCGAAGGCAGCCCCUCAUAUACAGAAUCAAAAAAAUACCAAGAUUAAAGAGUUGAAAUCAGAAUGGCCCCUUGGUUAA